AUGGCGCCGUUUGUCGAGGAGUCGGCCGUCGAGGCCUCCCUCGCCGCGCAUGCCAAACGGGCACCGACAAACCUGGUAGCCCCAGAGCCUGAGCACUGUCCAGGCCCCGAAUCCGAACAAGCAGGUCAAGGUGAUGCCUGUGCUGGCUGUCCAAACCAGCAAAUCUGCGCCUCCGCGCCCAAAGGCCCCGACCCCGAUAUUCCGAUUAUAACCGAGCGCCUUUCGCAAAUACGACACAAGAUCCUUGUUUUGUCUGGCAAGGGUGGUGUGGGCAAGUCGACUUUCACCACGCUGUUAGCACAUGCGUUUGCUGCGAACCCUGACUCGACCGUCGGCGUCAUGGAUACCGAUAUCUGCGGACCUUCUAUCCCCAAAAUGAUGGGCGUGGAGACGGAGACGAUCCACGUGAGUAAUGCGGGCUGGAGCCCCGUGUGGGUGACGGAUAAUCUGGGUGCUAUGAGCGUGCAGUUCAUGCUACCCAACCGCGAUGAUGCAGUUAUCUGGCGUGGACCGAAGAAGAAUGGAUUGAUCAAGCAGUUCCUGAAGGAUGUGGACUGGGGCGAGCUCGAUUAUCUGAUCGUUGAUACCCCGCCUGGCACGUCAGAUGAGCACCUGUCUGUCAACUCUCUGUUGAAGGAAUCUGGAGUCGAUGGCGCUGUCGUCGUGACCACCCCGCAAGAGGUGUCUCUGCUGGACGUUCGCAAGGAAAUCGAUUUCUGCCGCAAGGCUGGCAUCAAGAUCCUCGGCUUGGUGGAGAACAUGUCCGGGUUUGUUUGCCCCAACUGCACGCAUGAGUCGCAGAUCUUCCGCAAGACCACGGGCGGUGGCCGCCGGCUUGCCAAGAAAAUGGGAAUUCCUUUCCUCGGCGCUGUGCCCCUGGAUCCAAGGGUGGGUAUGGCUUGCGACUAUGGAGAGAGCUUUGUGGACAAUUUCCCGGAUAGCCCCGCGUCAAAGGCUAUUAAGCGUGUCGUUCGUGCCGUCGGUGAGGCGGUUGGGGAGAACCCGGAGGACGUCCUUCCAGAGGAAAUGGUUGGUUGA